AUGAAAGAAACGGAGAUUGAAGAACCUGGUAUUCCGGUGGAUGACAUUGCCAGCGACGCUACAAAGCUUGAAGAAAUGGCAAAACUUGAAUCAAAAGAAGACGUCGUACUAGAUCCACAUUGGACGGAUGUGAAACAAUUAGAGUCAUCUCCGAGCGUGCGCGCCGUUCUCUUGCGGAAACAGAUAUCACCCGGGGGUGUUGCCAGAGUUGAAGGGAAUCCGUCGCGAUACACAUUAACUGACAAAGUGACUGGGACUGUGCUUGUUGCUGCGAGGCCCGGGGAAAACAUCAUUUUACUAGGCUAUCCCUCCGUCCGAUGCUUCCGUCGCCGUAACCCAUGA